AUGUCGUGGCUUUUCGGCUUAUCCAGCAGCGUUGCUGAAAAGACCCCCAUACCUGUCGCAAGUGAUGCGCCUGCUGAGAAACCAAAGCCGUGCUGCGUAUGCAAACCUGAGAAGACAGCGCGAGACGACUGCAUGCUUUUUUCGAAGACCGAUGACCCAACGCAAGAGUGCAAAUCCUUGAUCGAACAGUACAAAUCGUGUAUGGCAGGGUAUGGGUUCAAGGUUUAA